GGGUCUGACUCAAUCUAUGGCAGCUUCCAAUGGGCCUGAUCCAGCCCUUGAAAUCUGGCCUCUGCCACAAGCUCACCGGAGGGCUGCUCUUUCUUAGCCCAGCUGCAGUGUAGGAACCUAAUCCUUACAGGGCUGCUAGAAGGCUUUCACGGUAAUAGCACUUGGAACACUCAGACGUGUCAUACAAACGAGUCUUGUGGGGAACAAGAGAGUCGGAGUAAUGCUCCGUGGCAGCACCAAUUUCAGUGAGGCUUGCUUGGUCAGGGGCAUUUCUGGGCUGAGAGCGCUAACUAGCGUGAAGAGGAGGAGUUCCUCUGUGGGAGUAAUCUGGUCUGGAGUCAACACCUGCGCCACGUCUUUGCUGUAGAGGCGGGCAGGGGAGAAGCAAGCUUCCCAGCAGCACAGCAAUCCUCAGUCUCCCCAGAAAAGGCGCUUGGCUCCGGCCUUGCACCUCAGAGGGACUUGUGGAGGGCUGGAGGCGGCAGGCAGCAACGUCUGCCAGCUCUUCCCCAACCAGCAGCCUUUUGUGCUUGCGCGUAAGCGUGGCGCAGAGCCCCCAGAAGGCCCAGCUUGAGCGCCUCCAGCCCUCCACAAAUCUCCCCGGUAGACUGCCCCCGGCUAGGGAGGUUCCUCCGUCGGCGCCCCCUGCCUCGGUUCGCCUUCCCCGUUUAGGACCCAGCAAGCGUCCGCGCUUGGGAAGGGAAGGGAAGGCGUCUUGGCGGCAGCGGCGGCUUCGGGAGGUGGAGCCGCAGUUCUUAAAAAAGCCGAGCGUGUUUAUCAAGAGAAAGAUCCGCCCGCGGAGGGAGGCGUUGGAGCCGGUGCUACAAACCUCAUCAUGGAGCCUUCUUGGACGCAAACGCUCCUGCUGCUCGGCUGCUGCUCCUGGGCGCUGCUGGGGCGCCUCUCCUCCGCGGCGGAAGAAUGCAUCCGAGGCAAUGGGAUCUCUUACCGGGGCAGCCAGCGAGUCUCCUCCACCGGCGCCCCGUGCCUCAACUGGCUGGCCCUGCAGAAAAGCUCUGUCUCGCCCAUCCUGACAGUAUCGGAGGCGCACAACCACUGCAGGAACCCGGACGGCGACGCGGCCCCCUGGUGCUAUGUGCGGGGCAAGGCGGACAUUCCUCAGCGGAGCCUCUGCAGUAUCCCGCCGUGCCCAGCAGAUGCCACUCCCACGGUGUCUCCAGUGAUUACUGUCAAAACACCAGACGCUCAAGGAGCAGACCAAGUGUUUGAGCCGGUCAACAGCUUGCCAGCACGGAGCGGAGCCGUGGCAGUGCAGCCGGUCGUCGGGAUCAGCCAGAGGGUCAAGAUGAGAUCCAAUGAAAAGAAAGACCUGGGCACUUUGGGCUACGUCUUGGGGCUUAUCAUGAUGGUGAUCAUCAUUGCCAUUGGAGCAGGGAUCGUCGUCGGGUACGUCUACAAGAGGGGCAAAGAUCUGAAGGAGCAGCACGAACAGAAGGUCUAUGAGCGAGAAAUGCACCGGAUCACGUUGCCGCUCUCGGCGUUCACCAACCCAGCCUGCGAGGUCGUGGACGAGAACACGAUAGUGGUGCAUACAAAUCAGACCCCUGUGGAGGAAACACAGGAGGGCGAUGCACCCCUGAUGGGUCAGGCAGGCACUCCAGGAGCCUGAGGAACUGUGUACCAGGUGCUGCCUGGCAUGGACCACCAGAAGACUCAAGGCCCCCCUCUCCUUUCGCCAUCCAAUGUGGGAGUUCAUUUGUAUUUUGUUUUUGUUUUUUUGUUUGGGGAGGGAUAAGAUGCUCGGAGACAGACGGGAUUUCUGAGAGAUGUUGGAACCAGCUCAUCCAUCAUAGCCUGUUGAUGGUGUCCCAACAAGAUGGGAUUGAUGCCAGUGGAAAGGCUGGCCUAGCCAGAGGCUCCGCAGGUACAGUUCUUCCUCCUGAGAGAAAGCUACAGGAGAAGGAGCAUCGCCCCCCCAAUGCAAACUGACUCACUCCUGGGAGGACUCUAUACCUUCUCUUUCCUGCUUGUUGUGGAUGGUGUCCACCAUUCUUGGUGUCUGCCAAUCCUCGGGGGUGGGGACGCUGUACAGUAGGUAUGAGCUUUGAAAAAGAAAAGUGUUUGAAUGUAGGUUUUACUUUUUUCGCAGUGUUUGGCUGCUGGAAAAGCCGUAGCAGCAAGCCUGGAUGCAGGGCUGUGUUUAGUGAGUAAGGAACCUUCUUUACAUUUUGGGUACUAAUUCUUCAAGAGACAGUCCAGGGAAAAGCUUCUCCAAGGGCUAGGGGACUAAGCGUGGCUUUUCUGGGAGUGGGAAGAGGACACUCAUCUUCUGCAGAGCACAUCCUUAUGCAGUUCAGAUCUUCUGACAGAGCAGGGACAAAUUAACACCCCUGCAACCAGCUGGGGCCUCCAAUGGUCUUAAGUCUGGACAAGCAGACAGGAGACUGGGGAGAGAUCAGCCAAAUGUCCCCCACCUCAGGCAAAGUACAGUGCACAGGGAUUAGAGCCAUUUCUUCACUCCUCUUGGAGAUUUUCCAGAAAAAUAAGUGUUCAGGCCAUUGGGGGAAAUCUGGCCAGAAAGUGCUGACUCAGGAAGAGGGUGGCGAGGCCCAGUGUGUUCACUGGACUAUCACGAGGCCGCUCCCUUGUGUUGGCAUUAGCAAUUCAAGGGCUUUUCUUGAACCCUGGUCAGUUCAGGUGAGUUUAAGACUAUCUUGCACCUGUAAUAGUAAAAUAGAGGCACGAAUGAAAGGGAUUUGGGGCAAGGGAGGGGGAAGGCGGGACAGGACGAGAAGAUGUUUGAGAGAGAAACAAGGCGAAGUGCUCCUUGUGGGAGUCUGGGUAGAUCUCCCAACACGCACACUUCUGUCCUGCCAACACAGUCACACUCCAGCCAUCCAAUCCAUUUUGACCCUUGCCUGCUCCAGGGAGGGAGUCAGGACUCCAACUGCCAAGAGAAAAAAGGGUUUGUCUGAGUUUUGUUUCUUAAAAAGGGACAUCUUUUUUAAAAUGUCUACAAACGCCUUUGAAUGCCAUUUGUUUGUAAGUGUUUAAAAUACCUCAUGACUCUGAAAUAAAGCGAUUCAGGUUGUAA